AUGGCCUCAGAGCGUCUUCCCAUAGAAGUCGCCGAGCAGGUGAUCGACGCACUCGGCGCCGAAAUCGUCCUCGCUGAGAUCGGCCGCUUCUCCGCCCUCACCACGCUCACCUCCUGCGCCCGAGUCCACACAAGAUGGCUCCCUAGAAGUCGCAUCCACAUAUGGAGAAAGGUCAAGAUCUUCAGCCUGGAGAGACUCCACUCGAUUUGUGAAACACUUCAACGCUCCUCGGACUUGCGUUUGUGGGUCCACUCCGUUCAGCUCAUUGGAAAGUUCAAGUCCAACUACUCGGAGCCCUCGGAGCCUUCGUUCCCCUGGGUUGCACCUGUGGUUCUCCUUCCGUAUCUCGCACAUAUCGACACAUGGGAGAUUAAAUCCUGCAGAGAUGUAUUUCCACCGGCUGUCUUGGCUUGCUUUCGGCAAUACACCGCAGUCAAGACCUUGGUCAUCACCCGGUCCCAAUUUCUCACACCACUCCAUGUGUACCGACUAGCCCAUGCGUUCCCCGCCCUCCACUCGCUUGAACUGCUCGGGGUCGAGUGCAAAGCUCUUUCCCCCGACCGAGCACUCAUCUCAAUAAGAACAUGUGGGAGGCUGUCACAUCUCAAGCUUUACAAUAAUCUGAAGUCCGAAGAUCCACACCAACUCCCGCAACUUUUUGAAGUCCUCUCUGGAAGUAGGUCGACGUUGACACACCUUGAGCUCAGUCUGGAAUGGCUAUUUGUAGAAGGCUUAACACUUGCAAGCUGCACCAGUCUUGAACAUCUCUCUGUGACAGUAGCCGAGGACGACGAUUUAGAACUCUUCUCCGACACCGCGGAGCUCCAGGCACUGAACAUGCUAAUGUGCCUUGGUCUCCCGAAAUCGCUACAGGCCCUGGAGAUCACUCUAGACAAAUCUCUGACCUGGUUGUUUGGUUUCGAGGGCAGCAGUGAUCAACAAACGGUCCUCCGCAACUUCACACGGCUCGUGACGGAGCAUAUCUUUCUUGGAACGAACGGAGUCAAAAUUAUAGUCAGAGACUCGACGCAGAAUCUCGUCAACACAUGGAGGGCAUCGUUGGAGCGUACCUUUGCAUCACUCCAUAAGCUGAAGCUUCUGCAGGUCGAUUUUGUGCACUCUGAAGGGUUCUCGCCUGAACUGUAUGGGCAUCCCACGGAGGUGGAGCAUCUGACCAUCUCUCGGGACGGGAGGUCGGACGUCAAUACGCUAGCCUUCUCUCCGUCAAACACUCGCCUCUUUGGUCGUCUCCGUAGUCAAAUCGUUGUCUUCUGCCUCCCUCACGUCGAACAGGAAGGACAUGGCUCUGACAGCGAGCCCCGGGAAACGGGAAUCAUCGAGGAUCCCGAGGGCGGAGAUAUCGUCGCUUCAAGCUGGUCCCCGGAUAGCGCCCAAAUCCUCGCCCUGAUGUCCGACUCGGCGCUGGACCUUCAUGUUUGGGAUGUGGAAGACUUGACUCUUCUCCGUUUGAUUCGCUGUACUCCCAUCCCAUCACACGGCAACUUCCGUAUGUCAACAAACUCCCAUUACGCUCUGAUCCUCCUCGCCGACGACGACAGCGUCUACUACUGGCGCCCGGACGACAGAGUCUAUGUAGUCAAUCUGGUUUCAGGAGAAAUUCACCACCGUCUGGUCAAACUCCAAGUUGUUUCUCAAGCCGUGCUUCGAUGCGGCUCCGAGUGCGGCGAUUUCACUGUGCUCGCACUGACCAAAUAUGGUAUCUGGGGGGUGGAGGCCCUCGUGGUGGAUCGCAGCGAAGAAGACGCACUUGGCUCUUCUACUGCACCUCCGGCGCUGUCACCACUCUUCGGGUUCACUCCCAAGGCCUUAUCCGCCGACGGGACUCGCGCGUUAUGUUUCGUCGAUGCGGUGUCGCCUUUCCCCAUAUUUCGUACCUCUGCCCCGCCGUGGUUCUGCGUUGUGGACACCGCCACCGGAGAGAUACUAUCGGGGCCAUUCGAAGGCGAUAGGCCUUUGAAGAUCGUUGGUGAACACCCCAGAAUGGAUAUUAAGCGGCCUGGCUCGCAUUCACCGUACCGCGGAGGGUGGAUUUGGAGCACGCAGCAUGGCAGGCUCUACCGAACUCCUGGUCUCGACCACGAACAGGACGUUGGUCGAGUCGAAGUCACGUACGACGGGUCGAUGGUCGUAUGGUCGGAUUCACGCGGGGUCGUGCACUUCCAUCGGAACGUGGGCGAUGAUGCGACGCCAAUUCCGGGAAGAGUCGGGGAGAGCGAAGGCGCAAGCGUGGAGCUCGGGAAGUCGGAUGAAGGUGCAAGCAUGGAGCUCCGGAAGUCGGAUGAAGGAACGAGCACCAGGGGGAAAGACGUCCGAAGGCGCUGGGGAGGGUGGUGGAGGGAUGUGCUCACGCGGAAGAGAGGAAGGGAAGACAACCGGAGAGGGAAACAGACACAGGACUGA